UGGCCUGCACAAACAGAAAUCAAACAAACUUUUGCAAACGCGAAUGUGCGUCUGUUGGCAGCGGAUCGAAAGAGAUACAUUUUUGAAAAAAAUAAUAAGUUGAAUAAAAAAGCGUCAAUCUAAAGUGCGGAAGAUAGUUUUUAUUUUAUUUUUGUUGUUGUUUUGUUAUUGUGUGUGUGUGUGUGUGAGCACAGCAGCAGCGAAUAGAUAAUAUGUCAUAGACGCUAGUGACGCCCCAGCCAUGCGCAACACAAGCAGCAGCAGCGGCAACAACAACAGCCAGCAGCAGCAGCAGCAGCAACAACAACAACAGCAACAACAACAACAACAAUAACAAAGGCGGCAACAGCAACAAUCGAUGAUUUCCUAAAACACAAUUUUAAACAUAGCACAGCACAGACGCAAGUGAAAGCAAACGAAGAGCUAAAGCAAGCUACAAAGAGGGAGAAGCACAACGUAUACGCUAUUUAAAUCGAAAGACACACAAUAACAAUAUCAAAAUGUUGAUCAAGGAAUAUCGCAUACCGCUGCCCCUCACCGUUGAGGAAUAUCGCAUUGCACAGCUUUUUAUGAUAGCGAAAAAGAGCCGCGAGGAGAGCCAUGGCGAGGGCAGCGGUGUUGAGAUUAUAGUGAAUGAACCUUAUAAAGAUGGACCCGGUGGCAAUGGUCAAUAUACAAAAAAGAUUUAUCAUGUUGGCAGCCAUCUGCCUGGCUGGAUUAAGAGUCUCUUGCCCAAGAGCGCUUUGACUGUGGAGGAGGAGGCGUGGAAUGCUUAUCCCUAUACCCGCACACGCUACACUUGUCCCUUUGUGGAGAAAUUCUUGCUGGACAUUGAGACGUAUUAUCAUCCGGACAAUGGCUAUCAGGAUAAUGUAUUUCAGCUCUCAGGCAGCGAUUUGCGCAAUCGCGUUGUAGAUGUCAUUGAUAUUGUCAAGGAUCAGUUGUAUGGCGGCGACUAUGUCAAGGAGGAGGAUCCCAAGCAGUUUGUCUCGGACAAAACAGGACGCGGCCCACUGGGCGAGGACUGGGUGGAGGAAUACUGGCGCGAGGUCAAAGGCAAGAAGCAGCCAACGGCACGCAACAUGUCGCUAAUGACGGCCUACAAAAUCUGCCGUGUCGAGUUUCGCUAUUGGGGCAUGCAAACGAAACUGGAGAAAUUUAUACACGAUGUGGCAUUGCGCAAAACGAUGUUGCGUGCCCAUCGUCAGGCCUGGGCCUGGCAGGACGAAUGGCAUGGCCUAACCAUUGAAGAUAUACGCGAGCUGGAGCGUCAAACGCAAUUGGCGCUGGCCAAGAAAAUGGGCGGCGGCGACGAGGGCAGCGAUGAUGCUGACAGCACCUCGGAGCCUUAUGUAAGCUCCACGGCCACCGCGACAGCAGCAUUGAGUGAACGCAAGAAAUCUGCGCCAGCUGUACCCCCUAUUGUUACCCAACAGCCGCCCAGCGCUGAGAACAGCUCCCAGGAGGAGGACGACGAUGACGACGAGGAGGAUGAGGAUGAGCAUGAUAAUGUUGGCAGCGGCGUUGAACUUGCCACCAACCAGAACAAUGCGCAGCGCUCACGUUCCCAGAGCAUUCAAGUGGCUGCGGCCAACAAGACGAAAUUUGGCUCCAAGGGUGCGCUCAAUUCACCUGUGGGCUCUGCUCACAGCUUCGAUCUGCAGGCCAAAAAAUCGCAUGCAAAGCCAGCGCCAGCACACAGACAUGUGGCCAACUGGCGCAUGGAGCGCCUCGAAGUGGACUCCAAGUCCAAUUCAGAUGAAGAGUUCUUCGAUUGUUUGGAUACCAAUGAAACGAACUCGCUGGCCAAGUGGAGCUCGUUGGAGCUGCUGGGUGAGGGCGACGACAGCCCACCGCCGCAUGGUGGUGUCAGCUGCUCCAGCGGCAGCGGCAUCAAUCGCCAUAAGCAGGAGGACAGCAUUUUCAAUCAGGACUUUCUCAUGCGCGUUGCCUCGGAGCGCGGCAAUAAGCGCCAGCUGCGCAGCUCGGCGAGCGUUGAUCGCAGCCAUGACUCAUCGCCGCCGGGCUCGCCCAGCACACCCUCCUGCCCCACCACCAUACUCAUGCUGGUGGUGCAUGCGGGCAGCGUGCUGGAUGCCGCCAGCGAGCUGACAGCCAAGAAGUCGGAUGUCACUACGUUCCGUGGCUCCUUUGAGGCCGUCAUGCGUCAGCAUUAUCCCAGUCUAUUGACGCACAUGACCAUCAAGAUGGUGCCAUGUCCUUCGAUCUGCACCGAUGCGCUGGGCAUACUCUCCAGCCUCAGUCCGUACUCGUUUGAUGCCUCGCCCUCGGCAGCGGAUAUACCCAAUAUAGCGGAUGUGCCCAUUGGCGCCAUACCCUUGCUGGCGGUGGCCUCGCCCGAGUUCCAGGAGACGGUCAAUAAGACGGUGGCGUCGGCCAACAUUGUCUACCAGGAGUUCCUCAAGUCGGAGGAGGGUCACGGCUUCUCCGGUCAAAUUGUCAUGCUGGGCGAUUCCAUGGGCUCGCUGCUGGCCUACGAGGCGCUCUGUCGCUCCAAUGGCGCGCAUCCUCAUACGCCGAAUCUGGCGCAGAGUGGCGGCGGCUGCACUGUCGGCACCGCUAGCGAUGGUCAUCGGCUGUCGCGCCUGGACGAUGAGGAGCGCUUCAUUGAUGCCGAUUUGGAUGCCAAGCGCUUGCUGGUGGCGCCUUCGCCGCGUCGUCGUCGCUCCAGCUCGUCGAGCGACUCGCGCACCACCAAACUGGACUUUGAGGUCUGCGAUUUCUUCAUGUUCGGCUCACCGCUGUCGGUGGUGCUGGCGGCGCGUAAAUUGCAUGAUGCAAAGGCCGCGCUAGCGCGUCCCAAUUGCCAUCAGGUGUACAAUCUGUUCCAUCCAACCGAUCCGAUUGCCUCGCGCCUCGAACCGCUGCUCAGUGCACGCUUCUCAAUACUCUCGCCAGUUAAUGUGCCGCGCUACGCCAAAUAUCCGCUAGGCAAUGGACAGCCGCUGCAUUUAUUGGAGGUGAUCCAAUCGCAUCCGCAGCAUUUCAAUGAUGGCCAUCAGCUAUUGGCCGGUAGGCGACUCUCCGACGCUUCCAUGCAGAGCACCAUAUCGGGCCUCAUUGAGAAUGUGUCGCUAAGUACCAUACACUCCCUUCAAAACAAAUGGUGGGGCAGCAAGCGUCUGGACUACGCUUUGUAUUGUCCCGAGGGCUUGAGCAAUUUUCCAGCGCACGCUUUGCCGCAUCUGUUCCAUGCCAGCUACUGGGAAUCGCCCGACGUAAUCGCAUUUAUAUUGCGUCAAAUUGGCAAAUUCGAGGGCAUACCCUUUGUGGGCUCGCACGACGACAAGGACGCCGCCUCGUUUCAUCCGGGCCAGCCGCGCGAGAAGUGGAUCAAGAAGCGCACCUCGGUCAAGCUGAAGAAUGUCGCCGCCAAUCAUCGAGCGAAUGAUGUCAUAGUGCAGGAGGGACGCGAGCAGCGCUUGAAUGCGCGCUUUAUGUACGGACCGCUGGACAUGAUAACGCUGCAUGGCGAGAAGGUGGAUGUGCAUAUAAUGAAGGAUCCACCAGCUGGCGAAUGGACGUUCCUGACCACCGACAUGACCGACAAGAACGGACGCAUCUCGUAUAGCAUACCCGAUCAGGUGUCGCUCGGCUAUGGCAUCUAUCCGGUUAAGAUGGUGGUGCGUGGUGAUCACACCUCAGUCGAUUGUUAUAUGGCCGUGGUGCCGCCGCUGACCGAGUGCGUCGUAUUCAGCAUUGAUGGCUCCUUUACGGCAUCGAUGUCGGUGACUGGUCGCGAUCCCAAGGUGCGUGCCGGCGCUGUUGAUGUCUGCCGGCAUUGGCAGGAGCUGGGCUAUCUGCUGAUCUAUAUCACUGGACGGCCGGAUAUGCAGCAGCAGCGUGUGGUGAGCUGGCUGAGUCAGCAUAACUUUCCACAUGGCCUGAUCUCAUUUGCAGACGGUCUAUCCACCGAUCCAUUGGGUCACAAGACCGCCUAUCUUAACAAUCUUGUGCAAAAUCAUGGAAUCUCAAUUACUGCCGCCUACGGCAGCAGCAAGGACAUCAGUGUCUACACCAAUGUGGGCAUGCGACCCGAACAGAUCUUUAUAGUGGGCAAGGUGAGCAAGAAGUUGCAGGCAAAUGCAACAGUCUUGAGCGAGGGCUAUGCCGCUCACUUGGCUGGACUCCAAGCAGUGGGUGGCUCACGUCCUGCUAAAGGAAAUGCGCGCAUGGUUAUACGCGCGGAUCGCGGCUGCAUGAACAAGCAACGAAUGAACAAUGAGACGGGCCUAUCAUCGCCGAUACGCAGCGGUUACCUCAAGCGCAAGACCUACCUGAGCCAUCAUUAAGCUACAAGAACAACAAUAGCAACAGCAACAUUAACAACAAAAGCGCGCAUAGUUAAAUAGUUAGUUAAUUAUAAAACUAAAAGAACGGACAAUUUAUACAGUCAACUACUACUACUACUACUACUAUAUGUGCAUACUAUAUACCCUAUAGGCAUACUACUAUACAUACUACAUAUAUGAACUAACCUGAAUAUAUAGCAUUUCGAUCAAGGCAUAUAUAGCGAUGACAUUGCAAACUAUAAUCUCUCGCAAUUGGAUCUCAGCAUUAGUUGCAGCAACCACCAGACAUCAGCAUCUGUGUAUAAAAUGCAUAAACUAAAAAAAAAACACUAUAUAAUGCGCGAUCUAUAGCAAAACUAUAUGCUGUGUAUAUAAGAUAAUCUGCAUACUAUAUACAAACAAAAGCAAAAGUUAAAUCAAUUGUUAAAACUAAAGUCAAAUGUGUCACGCGGUACCUGGAAAGAAAGACUGUUUCCUCCUGUUGUUUGAUGGUUUUCCAAACCACUUGAAAAAUAUUUAAAAACAAAUCAAGGAAAAACUCUACCACACAAAAAACAAAGCUAAUACUAAAAGAAAGAGUCACAUUUCAAAAUGUGUAUUAUAUUGUCUAACAAACUCAUAUUAUUUACAAAUACUAUAUUCACUAUAAAAACAAACCGUUAACAUAUGCAAGCGAACAAAGUUCAAUAUUUUCGAAGAUUAAACCCAAACUAAAAGAUACAUGUUGAUAAAAAUAAAAACAAAAGCAAAAGAUCUCUUGGAAACAAAAAUGUAAAAG